AAUAACACCCCAGACAAAGUAACAUUGCCCAGGGAGUCGCUGCACAAUGUCCCACCUCUCCAUCCCGCCCUUCAUCCGCUCGCUCCCCAAAGUCGAGCUGCACAUCCACAUCGAAGGCACCCUCAGCCCGUCUCUGCGCUGGACUCUAUCCCAGAGAAACCACAUCCCGCUGCGCUACAACACCUACGAAUCCCUCCUCGCCUCCUACAAUGUCACCUACAACCACCGCCGCGAAGUCCACGGCGACAACGGCAUGCCCACGUUCCUGGAGACGUAUUUCGAGGCCCUCGAGGUGCUGGUCACAGAGGACGACUUCUACGAGCUAGCGAUGGCGUACUUCACGCGUGCCAGCGAAAUGAAUGUGCGCUAUGCCGAGCCCUUCUUCGAUCUGCAGGCGCAUACGGAUCGAGGGGUAGCGGUGGAAACGGUGAUGAGGGGAUUGUGGCGGGCGAGGACAGAUGCGAAGGAGAAGCUGGGUGUCGAGAGCUGGUGGAUUCUGUGCUUUGUGCGGGACAGGGAUGUUCAAGAGGGGGUGAGGGUGUUGAGGGAGGCGAUGCCGUGGGCGCGAAGCCCCGCCUCUUCUACGACGGGGAGUGGCGAGCGCAAGGAGGUUUUCCACGCUGUUGGCGUCGCGAGUAACGAGUACGGUCGUCCUCCGGGGCUCUUCGAAGAAGGGUUCCGCAUCGCGAAAAACGCCGGGCUAAAGGUGACGAUGCACUGCGAUGUGGACCAGUACGAGGUCGAUGCGCAUCUGCACGACGCGGUGUUCACGGUCUGCGAUGGCCACGGGGCCGAUCGCAUCGAUCAUGGGCUUAAUGCGGUGGAUUCGCCCAAGGUGAUGGCGGGGUUGAAGGCGCGCGGGAUCGGGCUGACGCUGUGUCCGCAUGCGUAUCAUCGACGACAGGCGACGGAGGUGCUGUUUCCGAAGAUUCGGGCGCUGUGGGACGAGGGGGUGACGUUCUGCAUUAAUAGCGAUGACCCGGCGUAUAUGCAUGACGUGUGGAUUGAUGGGAACAUGGCGAAGAUGAUGCAGUAUGGCGGGUUUGGGGAGGGUGAGAUGGUGCAGAUGGUGCGGAAUGCGGUGGAGAUGAGUUGGGCAGGGGACGAGGUGAAGAGGAGACUGAGGAUGGAGUUGGAUAGUUUGUCGUAUUGAUAUGGCUAGCUUGAAUAACGGGAUAUUACAAUCUCGACGCUGACAUUGACUUCUUCCACAACUGACA